UAUGUUUGGGAGUCAUAAUUAAUGUUAUCCUGCAUCCAUCGAUUCUAUUCAUCCUGCAAGGUGCGAAUAAUCGGGAAGGAUGUUAAAGAAUGACAAGUGGUUGAAUAGGCGAGUUGGCAUCUUGGCCAAUUUUACACUCUUCUAAAAGAGGUGUUAAAUUAUCAUUAUUGCUCAGAGUAAAGCUGGAUUUCCACUGCCGUGAGUCGUUCGCGACCUACGACGGAAAGUGUCCGACGAUGGCAUUUCAACCAAAGCAGAACAAAAUCCGCUCGACGCGGCGGAGAGUGAGCUGAGUUGAGCGGAUUUUUGCCUCCCAGUUCCACCAACCGACUCAUCUCAGCGGAUACGAUCCGCGCGGACGAAAAAACUUUGAGUCGAUGAGUUGAUCUUGGUUCAACUUUUUUUCGUCCGCUCGCCAAAAUCUAUGACAAAUUCUCAUUUCCUGGAGCGGAAUAUAUAAAAUCACAUAAAAUCACUUCUUAUUAUUCACAUUCCGCUAACAUCAAUUAUUUCAUAAAAUUAGAAUAUUCUAAAGAAAUAUAAAAUGUCGAGUGACAGUGAGGAGGAUGGAGGGAGUUUGAACAUCAACGAGGAUGGGAAUCAAUUUCAUGUAAUGGGGGAGGAAAUACUGGGCGCCCAGGAGGAGAAUAGUUGGAGAAAUGAAGACAUCGGAUUACUUAUAGAUACAGUGAGAUCAAAUUAAAUUUUGUUCGAUGCAAAAUCAAAGGAUAAUAAACACAGUGGCAAAAAGGAACUUGUGUGGUUAAAUGUUUCCAGCACUGUAGGGAAGGAUGUUCCUGAGUGCAAGAAGAAGUGGAAAUAUCUACGGGAUAAUUUCAAUAAAGUCAUUAAAAAGAAGAAUGGCAAGUCAGGCAAGUCCGAAAAGAAUGAAAAACAAUGGGAGUAUUUCGAAAUGCUGAACUUUUUAAAGCGGUCUUCCGGAAAUUUGGAAAAAACUCCGGCGCCGGAUGAGACGACUAAUAGACGUGACUGACAUCAUUCCCGGGGCCCGGAUUUAGAUGAGGAUGACCCCAUCAAGCCCGAGACCAUAUCGAAAAAGAUGAAGAUGUCAGAAAAAGUUGAUGCAGCAUUAUUGGGAUAUCUAGAAAACCAGAAUAUCAAAGACUCGAACCACCAUUUCUGUAUGGCUCUGGCGGCUCAUCAGCUCAUCACUGGACAAACGCCUUCGGCUCGGAUGUCUCUGGCACUAGCGCGUACAGGAUCCGCUACUAACACGUGAACGCGGUCACUCUUGAAUUGCUCCAAAACGGGUUGGGGUUUCGGUUCCAAAUUUGGAGCAUAGCGACAUGUGAUUAUUGACAAGGGCUGAGCAAAAAAUUAGCUCUCUAGAUUCAAAAAUGACCCUACCAUUGACCUUAGAGUAAGAGGGUACCAUAAAAACACUUUCCAAACUUAAUUUUUCGUACACAGAUAUAAUUAACCACUUCAAAAUUCAAGGACAACAAGUUUCGAAAACAAGGAUACAUAAGGUACUGAUAAAUGAAGGUCAACAACGACAAGCUCGUACCAAAGGACAACCAUCAUGCCUCAAACCCGAGUCCGAAAAGUGCUAAUUCGGCCCGUGCUUAAGAAAAUUGACCUAUUGACCUCUAAGGGCAACUCACCACCCCAGAGAGCAGUGGCACGUCUAACCAAAGUGUCAUAGAUUAGUGUGCGACGAGCAAUUAAAAUUUUGCAGAAGCAAAAAAGAAGAAAAAUCCGAGUCCAUCAGCUGACUGAGAAGCAUAAACAAAAUCGUCGUCUGACCUGGAAAAAAUUUUAUAUAAAUUACCUGACAAAAGAUAAAAGUGACUUUUUAGUGUCGUUGGAUGAAGAAUUAUUUUCUUUAAAGAUACCAACGGUCAUAGAAAAAUUUACUAUACAACCAAAGAAGAAAAUAAUUCCAGAAGAUUGACCAUCCCGCACACGGAAAACUUUUGCAACAAGUUCAUGGUGGUUGGUGCAUUAUCUGGUCGUGGUGUCCUACCACUUAUCAAAGUUCCACAAAAAGUGAAGGUAACUACGAAGUACUUCAUUGACUUUGUCUUAAAACCGCUUUUGGAGAUUCAUGUCCCAAAACCAUAUGGCAAGGACACAAAAAAAGUGAUAGUUCAUCACGACGCAGCGUCAUCACACACCGCCCUUUUGACCCAGGAUUACGCCAAGGACCUGAAAGCUAGACUCGGGAUAACAAUCAUCCAAAAUAGUGAAAUGCCUGUUAAGUCACUCUAUGUAAGUCCUAUGGAUUUAUUCGGCUUUGGAUAUCUGAAACAAAAUCUUUUCUCCGCCACCCAAAAACUUUUGACGGAGUUUGGAAAGUUAUGGGAGACGAGUGGUCUAAAGUUGACUUCGCCAUGGUCAAAUCAGUGUACCGAAGUUGAAAUCGCCGAUGCCGACUUGUAGCUCGAAAAAAGGGCUUUCACAUAAAAAAUGUUCGGGACCUAAACUCCAAGCCGUUCAACCAGUAAUUGAAGGUCAAAAACGUUCACGUGUUAGUGGCCGAGGCUCCGAAAAUACAUCGGAUAGUAUCGUGCACUGCUCUAUGAAACAAUGCAAAAAAUGGAUGUACAAAACACUAGAGAAAGCAUUAGAAAUUCUUAAACGGAAUUACUCGGCUCAUUCCAAAGAACUUGCCAAGCGCGACAUUGAACCAGUUUUGUGGGAGGAAAGUGAUGCGAUGGGAGUGGAGGCUCGCCAGCGUUUGGGAUUCUUUACACAUAUUUCUCAGAAGCGGACCGAAGUGCUGGAACGGGGAUUUAUAUUUCCGGAUCUGCUCAAAGAAAUGCAACUCCGAAUGCCCAAUGGGUUGAAAACACCACCAACACAACUCAUUUGGCCUCUGGAACAGUGUGUUGAGCUGGAUCUCAACUGGAGUCGGUCCAAGCGUUUCAAAAUCGUGGACCUGGAGCCAGAAGCUAGGGGUGAGCGACUUGCAGAGCUCAAACGACAGAUUCUCCCAGUCCCAGUGUUUCCAAACGGCGCCGUCGAUUUGAUGGAAACGAAUCGAGGUCUUGAAGAACAAAUUAAAGAACUGAAUAAAAAAUUGGACGCCCUGGAAGUUGGUGGAGGUGGCAGUAGAAUUUCCAGAAACAAGAAGUUUGACGACUCCACCUGCUUUAAUUGCGAAAGUGCUUCACAUUUUACAAAUGAAUGCAAACUUCAAUGUUUUAUUAGACAACCCACGGGAAAUUUGAACCUCUAGGAAGACAUUCCUUUCAAAUGCGACUACCCGGGCGCCCGGCAGCAGAGGUGGUAUCUUUUUAUGAAGAAUUGUUGAAGGUCAAGCUGAGUCGAGAAGAAGUCCAACUUGCCUUUGCUUUCUACUUCUUUGAUGAAGGUUGCUGGAAUUGUGCACAUCCCUUUCAUCACCUCCCAGAUUGUGGUAAAAAUUUGAACAAGGCCCUUCAUGAUAUAGCUAAACGGAUGCACGAAAUAAAUCAUCCCCUGACGGACGAAGCUCGAAAGAAGAAGCUUGAAAGGAAAUUUCUGUACCAGAAACCGGGGCGUCCCAACUAAAAUAAUAAAAUUUAAUACAAAUUCUCUAAUUAAUUCUCAGUUAAUUAAUUAUUUGACCACCUAUU